AUGGCAUCACAAAGUAUACCUACGCCUAUAGAUUCGUUGCAACAAACUCUUUCCAGUAUAUUAGACUUAAAUGAGUUUCCUAUGUCCGUACGUGACCUGGCCAUUAUAUGGAUUCCUGCGGCCAAUGUUUGGAAGAGGGACUUGCAACGCCUACUAGGACUCAUUACAGUUGUAAUCCCCUCAGAUAGAUUCGUUGCAACAAAUUCUUUCCAGAAACUCAUUUUUGUCAAUGCCAUUACCUUAGAUAUUUCAAGCGGAAUUUCUUCCUAUUUCAGUAACACAGAGUUUGAAGCCUGGGGUUAUAUGGGUUGUCUUGAACAUUUAGCAAAAGUGUGUGUGCAUUUGACAUCAGAAGAUCAGGACGAAAUUCUCGGCAAAUAUAGGAAUCAUCUGCGUUCAAUAUCUUCGUCUACAUCAACACUUAAAAGAGCAAAAGACAAAGCCUCUAAGCUGUAUGAUACUGCGGAACGUUCAUUUCAACGCGUAGAAGUUACCUCAUUUUUUAAAAGAAUUGAUACACAGGUUGACACGAAUGCAACCGAGGGUCUUUCGAAACUGAAGGCACGUGCGUAUGACAGAUAUAUAGAAAAUACGGAUGAAGAUGAUCGUUCAUCCAAACGCCCUAGACAAGAGACAAUAAUUUCAGAAGAGGACAAAAAACAACCUGACGCAAAUACAAUACCCAAAGCAGAUGAUGAUAAUUUUGAUGAGCGAAAGGAUGACAAAGAUACAGAAAGAGUCGAAGAGGAAUCACAUUCAUCCAACUAUGUUAUGGAUGUCUUUUCCGAGUCUUGUUCUCGGCAACAAACAUCAAGUGAUUCGUUCUUAUUACCUCUUUUAGAGAAUUAUCGUGCUAAAGAAACAACCUCACUUUACAACCCAGCACACAGUUUUAUUAUAGAUCUGUCUCCGACUUCAAAAAUAAAAGGUGAAUUUAACGAUAAGCAGUGGACUGAGUUAGUCGGAAGAAGACCUGAUGCGGUCCGGAAGAUUUACCAUCACGAGAUCGAGCCUAUUAUCUCCCACUUGUUUGGACAAAAAGCGGAUCUAUCACAAGCUCGUAAAAGAUGGUACGAACUUAGAAAUUUGGCUACUCCUAAAUAUGACGAUAGUUUUUCAUAUGCAGAGGUUGGUUGGGAAAAAAUAAAGCGUUGGGUAGAACGAGUAACGGGACAAUUUCUAGACGCAUUUGAGUCCCUUCGAAAUCCGCUACAAAAUGACUGUCAUGAACGAGAGUGGACUGGCGACUAUAUCAUCCCUUUAAUACAAGGAGCUCUGAAAUUAGAUGGAAGUUAUGUCCCAUGGGGAGAGAUUUCUGUCCUCGCAACCCAGCGCCGUCGAAAUAAUGACAAGGAUAUACUUACCGAACAAGUUGAGCGAAGUCAUCAGGUGGAUCUCUUAUGUAAUUAUGAGCAAUACGAGGUUGCUUGCGCGCUUGCUUGCGGUGGACCAUAUACCUACGAUCUAACUAAACUCGCCUCAGAUGAAUUUAACCUUCCAAGAAUUAUGAAGGAUAUGCUCGAUGACUUAGAAUUAAAGCUCCUGUAUGCCGGAAAGAACGGAUUGCAUCCAUAUAUUCUUGGGAUCCAGACAUAUAUGACAGAGGUUCGAGUCUACCUGAUGGAGAAACGUGAGAGUAGCAUGGAACAUUCGGAUAAUAAGAAGACUCAGCGAACGCCACCAAAACAGCCAAAGAAAAAGAAAGCAUAA